AAUGAGCGUUAUUUUAGGUAAUUGGUCAUAAAAGCCAACCUCAAUUGGGCCCUAAAGUAUCGGAAAUAAAUCCUAAAAAGUCUAAAUCCCCUAACUUAGCUCAUAACCUCUUGCUUUGUCGCCUUUGAUCGGAAACACAAACAGGGCAGGGGAAGGGGAAGGGAAAAGGAAAAAGAAAAAGAACAGAAAAAAAGAUCAUGAUCUAGGUCUGGUCCAAUCCCACCAAGGUCAUGAUCUUUUCAUCUUCAGAAAACAAUUUCAAAUUCAUAAAACAGGGGAGGUUGGGUUAGAAUUUGUAAAAAAAAUUAUUUAAUUUUUGGGAAGAGAAACUAAAAAGGGAAAAAAGAUGGCGACAAAACGUUCAUUCACCAGUUUUGUAGAACAAGAGCUGGGACAGUUUCCACAUUUUGUAGUGUGUGCAGUUCUUGAAUGGGUUCUCAUAAUUUUGCUUUUCAUUGAUGGGAUUGUUACAUUUUUGGCCAACGAAUUCGCUAAGUUCUUUGAAUUGCGAGUUCCUUGUUUGUACUGCACAAGAAUCGACCAUGUUUUAGUUAACAAAAAUACAGAUUUCUAUUACAACAAUUCCAUUUGUGAAGGACACAAGAAGGAUAUUUCAUCUCUUGCAUAUUGUCACAACCACAAGAAACUCUCCGACAUUCGAAAGAUGUGUGAGGUUUGUCUUCUCUCUUUUGCAACCGAAAAGGAAUCUGAUUGCAAUACCUACAAAUCCCUCGUUGGGAUAUUGCACAAGGAUCUUGAAUGUUUUGUUGAGGAUGAUAAUCGUCAAGUUGUGAGCUUGCCGCCUGUGGGGAAGAAAGAUGAUGGCCUGCCAAUGGACAAAGGGUUUGGUGUUAAUUAUUCUUGUUGUUCGUGUUGUGGAGAGCCAUUGAAAGUUAAAUCUUCCAAUUCAAAAGGGAAAAAUGGGAGUACCUUUUCACAAGCUCCUGCUCCUUCGCCACGAGCUUCAUUUACGCCCUCUUUCAGAAACGACGACAAAACUGGUUUGGAAUUGCCGCACAUUCGUUACACCGAACUCAAAUUAUUGUCAGAUAGUGAAUCAGAGUUUGUCGAAGACGACGAAGGUAUACAUGGAAGAAAUCUUGAUGCUCAUCCAUUUAAGGAGGAUGCGAAGGCUGUUAAAGUGCCAUUGUUACCUGAACCUGAGGACAUGCAUGAAAGUUCAAGGACUCCUGUUUUUGGUAAAGGGAAUAAAUUUUUUGGUAUUCCACUAACAGAUUCUGCUAAUAAUAGUCCCAGGUGGGCUAUUAGAAUCUCUAGAAAAUCACCACUUGAUAGAACAGAGGUUGCAGCAGAGACUUACGAAGCAGAUAUGAUGGGGCCAGGAGACAAUGAUUCCAUUUUGAAUUGCUUGAAAAGACAAGUUCGGAUAGAUCGAAAAUCGCUCAUGGAGCUGUACAUGGAACUGGAUGAAGAAAGAAGCGCAUCGGCUGUAGCAGCAAACAAUGCAAUGGCCAUGAUUACUCGAUUACAGGCUGAAAAAGCGGCCGUUCAAAUGGAAGCUUUACAGUACCAAAGAAUGAUGGAAGAACAGGCAGAGUAUGAUCAGGAAGCCUUACAAGCUACAAAUGAUUUGCUUGCUAAGAGAGAGGCUGAACUUGAUGUUUACAGAGAAAAAUAUGGAUAUCUUGGGGAAGAUGAGAUAUCUGAUGAAGAUUACCAAGAAUUCAAGUCACAAUCCUGUUUAUCUUCGGAUGAAAAAUCUGAAUGUAGUACGCCUUUUAGUUUUAACGGGAGAGAGAACAACAAGGAAAAUUUUAACAAUUUUGACGUGAUGAGUGUACCGCCUGCGUUGAAGAUUGGAGGGGUAAAUAGCAAAGAAGAAAGUACAAACAAUCAAGAGGUAGCUUUGCCAUUCUCCCUAGGGAACGUUGAAGGAGAAGACCAAACCGAACCAGUGUCAAACUUUAAAGGAGAAAAAACAUAUCUUUUAGGCCGCUUGAAAAAGACAAAGAAGAACAACUUAUCCUCAGAUGGUGCAAUUUCUUCUCUACAUUCAAGCUCUGGCAGUGUCAAUCAAAUAGAUGAAAAUACAGGAAAGGGAAGAACUUCUGCACUGACCCGAGAGCUCUCUCAUCUUAACGAGAUCGUGAGAGAACUCGAAGCAGAUGGCAAAUUCUCUAAGCAUGAAGGAAAAGUAAUGUUAGCUGAUAUUUCACACAAAUUAGGGAAAGUUCAAAAUUCUCUCGACGAGAACAGCGAUUCUUAACUUCCCAAAUUGUUUAAUUCUUUGUAGGAUGUACAUAGUGUUGUAUGACAUGCUGAAUAUAGAUAUCAAGCUUCAUGAAGCUCUGUAGCUGCUAACUUCUUCCAUAGCAGUGAGGGACUUGCUUUCCAUUUAUUUUUUCUUCAGUUGCUUUCAAAGCUUUCUCUAAUGCUUUUGAAAGCUUCACCCAACAAAAAUUUAUGAAUUUUCAGGUACAGAGCUGAAGAAUAUUUGGCUAUCGCAGAUGGGUGUAGAGGACCCUCCUUUCUUUUCUCUUAAUUGUGUUUCUCCCAUGAUGACCCAUCAAAUUUAGAAGAGUGGAAAUGGUGUUCAAGAAAGUGGUUUUCGAUUUACACAUCAAAAAGCCAAAGAACAAGGGAAAGAAAAAGGCUAAUAUUCCUUCUUUUUAAGGCCAUAGCUGGAUCAAUGAUAGAACCUCAAGGGAAACCAGAAAGGCAAGGUGUUUGGUUGGCUUUCAUAUUCCAUUUACAAUGAAACAAAUGUUUAGUGUUGCAUGAUGCAAGAAUUUUUCUUCUUCUUUUAAAGUCAUAAUCCCCUCCCCUAAAUGUCUUUUCGAGUUUAUUAAAAGUGACAGCAAGUUCAAGGAUUUUUUUAUUGGUUUCAUCCCAUUUUACUAACUGAAAACUUGGAAGGGGAAGAAGCCAAUCUUUUUUAAAUGCAGAUAGAUAUCUUUUUAUUUGUCA